AUGAAGUACUGCACUUCAAACGAUCGUAACAAUGACAACGACGGGGAAUAUGCAGCACCGGGGAAGCCUAAUCAAGCUAUCGUCACACGGUUCCUCCAGACGCACGAUUACUCUCGCGUCUUGCCUUCUUUAAGCAUAGCCCGGGAUAUGUUUGGCGAACAUGAAGCCCAACGAGUCGUUGAUGAGUGCAUCUUCAUGAAACUCUCUGAAGCAGACAUAAUCGCUACCGUUACCCGUAUAACAGCCGAGAACAUCUUGAAGCAGUAUCGCAGACUCCUUGCGCUCCGCUUUCCUGUCGGCCAGAACGUCGACGAACUCUUCAUCAGUGGCCCGAGUGCGCGCAACGCGAACAUCAUAGACUACCUCGAAGCGGAGCUCCCCGAGAGCGUGAUCACAAAGCCAUUCGACGAUAUAGGCAUACCAGGCGAUGCGAACGAGGCCGUGUGUUAUGCACACCUUGCAUUGGAAUCGGUGCUGGGACAACCAACACGCAGUUCUACAGAACUAUCGCGGCCUUGGAGCCAGUCGGGUCAUGAUGCUGUACUGGGAAGGGUGGCGCGGGGCGAAAGUUGGGAAACCCUGACGGCCCAGUUGCAAAAGUUUGGCGAUGGGAAACCUCGCAUUUUGGCGCAGAACGUGGAGAUAAUCGGCCAUUGA